AUGCGAACUAGCCUUGUCUCUUACACACUCGUACUUUCGACAAUUGUUGGUUCGGUGUAUGGACGUUCGCAUGCAACAGCGACAACCAGUGGUGUCUUAGUGGCUACAUCUGGCUGCUACUGUGCCCAGAUUACAGUCGACAAACACAAAAUUGGUGUGGCAUCAAUCUCAUUUACACGGAAUCAUACCGAUCCGUUUGCUUACUUCAUCUACGGACCGUCUAGCGAUUCUGACAACAGCAAUGAUGUGUGUAAUGUAGACAACAAGUCGUACGGCGAUUACUCGGUUGGCUCCAAUUCCAAGUACUGGGACGUCAGUAACAGUUUACGGGCUCCUGCUCAACACAAUGAUGCCUCGUACCAGGCUGCCCUUCGCACGAACGGUAACUACUGCAUUGGCGUCAGACCUUUGGCUCCCAGCCAUAACAACUUUUCCGUUCGGCUCAACCUUGCAGAGAUCGCGUCGGCCGCUUCGAAACCCCUUGGGGUGCGCGUUCUUUUCGCUAUGUGCUUUUUGUUAGCGAUUCUGUGGGCUGUUCAUUGA